AUGGUUAAACAUAACUGCUGUGCAUAUGGCUGCUCCAACAGCACUGAAAAACAAAAAAACCAUCUGAAAUAUCCAGAACUCAAAGGAAUAACGUUUCACACUUUUCCUAUCGGCGACCGAAAGAAGACUUACGCACCCGGAAUGAAUGAAAACGAGAGAAGAAAAAGGUGGAUAGCUGCUUGUCGUUUAAGCAGUUUAAAUGUCACAAGACAUACAAGAAUUUGUUCAGCACACUUCGAAGGUGGUUUAGGACCCUCAAAGCUUAAUCCUGUCCCAACAAUUUUCAGUUUCCCGACUCAUUUGCAGCCCAAAACCCGACGGAAGCGAACAGAUCCAGAGGAAAGGAGACGAGGAGCUUUGAGCUGCAUACAAAACAAAACCAAGACUGCACCAAGGAGACAAGCAGGUAAAACUGACAAAAACAAGGAAAACCCGGAACCAUUGGGCCUGUCAUCACAACUGCAGGAAACUGCGUGCUCGAGCGACAUGGAUUUUAUUUUUUCUGAAGAGUGUGAGAUUAAAACUGAACAGACACCUGAUCCAAGAUCCCUUGCAGACAAGUGUAUCCAAACCGACCUUACCUGUGAAGAUAUCGACUGCAUGGAAGCAGCCAAAGCUAAACUGGAAAAUAAACCAGAACUGAAGAGAGAAAUGUUUAUAGACGACGUCCUAAAAAGCAACAAGUCCGUGUGUUUCUACACUGGAUUGCCCUCCUAUGCCUGUCUUAUGAUGUUGUUUCCCUUUCUGAAACCAUUUGCAAAUGCAAUGAAAUAUUGGGACAACAAGAAAAAGGGACAGAGGGAAACGUAUCAGGUAUCUUAAUAUUAUUACACAGCAGUCUUGUUAAUAUUUCCUUUCAUUUGUUUUGAUGAACAUUAUGGCAUAAAAUGUUUACACAGCAGUCUUGUUAAUAUUUCCUUUCAUUUGUUUUGAUGAACAUUAUGGCAUAAAAUGUUUCAUGUUUGGUAUAAAUAGCAAUAUAGACCCUAUGCAAAAAUGGGUACCUUUGAAUUUUUUGUUCGUAUUCAAAAUAGCCUCACUAACCUCGAUCGGGAUAACAUAUUCUUUACAAAUUUUGUCUCAAAAACGACGUUAGCUUUUUUUUUUAAAUAUGAACAAAAUGAUAAUAUAUGCAUAGGGUCUAUAACAUGAUAUAUUAUGUUAUUAUGAUUUCCAACUAUGUGAUAAUUGCCUAAACAUUUUGCUUCAGCAACUCAACUGCACGUUUUUACUUUUAUUACAGGAAGAUGAACAUGUUAACAAGCCGGGACCAAAGAGGCAGAUGCCAUUAUUUUCUGAAUUUUUAAUGGUUCUUAUAAGACUCAGGCUUGGACUGUUACAGAGUCACCUGGCAGACAUUUUUGCAAUUUCACAAAGUUCAGUUUCCAAGAUUUUUACAACUUGGAUUAAUCUUUUUUGUAUCAUGUAUUUAAGGAAGUUCUUAUAA